GGGGCGAGCCCGGAGUGGCGGGGCGCGGGGGCGGCGCCCGGGCGGGGCGCGUGGUGGAGAGAGCCAUGGCCGCCGUUCGUGUCCUGCUGCCCCGCGUCCGCGGCCCACUGAGGCCCUCGCUCCACUGCUCGGCAUGGCGUCCCUUCGCCUCGGGUGCUAACUUUGAGUACAUCAUCGCAGAAAAAAGGGGGAAGAAUAACACCGUGGGGUUGAUCCAGCUGAACCGCCCCAAGGCCCUCAAUGCACUUUGCAAUGGGCUGAUGAAGGAGCUCAAUCAGGCACUGAAGACCUUCCAGGAGGACCCGGCCGUGGGGGCCAUCGUCCUCACCGGCGGGGAGAAGGCCUUUGCAGCUGGAGCUGAUAUCAAGGAAAUGCAGAACCUGAGUUUCCAGGAGUGUUACUCCCACCAGUUCUUGAGCCACUGGGACUCCGUCACCCAGGUCAAGAAGCCAGUCAUCGCUGCUGUCAAUGGCUAUGCGCUUGGCGGGGGCUGUGAGCUUGCCAUGAUGUGUGACAUCAUCUAUGCCGGCGAGAAGGCCCAGUUUGGACAGCCGGAGAUCUUACUAGGGACCAUCCCAGGUGCAGGUGGCACCCAGAGACUCACCCGUGCUGUCGGGAAGUCGCUGGCGAUGGAGAUGGUCCUCACCGGUGAUCGGAUCUCAGCCCAGGAUGCCAAGCAAGCAGGUCUUGUAAGCAAGAUUUUUCCUGUUGAGACACUGGUGGAAGAAGCCAUCCAGUGUGCAGAAAGAAUUGCCAGCAAUUCUAAAAUUAUAGUAGCAAUAGCCAAAGAAUCAGUGAAUGCAGCUUUUGAAAUGACAUUAAGAGAAGGAAAUAAGUUGGAGAAGAAACUCUUUUAUUCGACCUUUGCAACUGAUGACCGGAGAGAAGGGAUGGCCGCGUUUGUGGAAAAGAGAAAGGCCAACUUCAGAGACCAGUGAGAAGCAGCUGCCCCUGCCCCACACCUCCACCUGCAGAGGAAGAGUGUAGCCUGUCAGUUUUAGAAGCAAGUAAAUCACCCUCUUUUCAAGGGCAGUGUCCCUGGUGUGCAGUUUCUCUCCGACUGCUGUGUGGUCACGGCCCGGCCCUCACAGCACGAAGGUCUUCACCCAGCCUGUGAGUGUCCAUGUUCGAAUCUGACUGGAGCAUCUUCUUCUAAAUCUAAGAUUCUGCUGAGGAGCCCCCGCCAGCCCCUCGUAUGCUGUGCUGAGUUGGAAAGCAGCCCUGCGGGCGCUUGUGUCCCUGUGUUAAAGACCGGGUUUGCUCCCAGGGAAACAGUCUGCUGCCUUCACACAGACGCUCUGCACAGUUAAGAUGAUAGUGAUUCAGUUAC